GUGAUGGGAAUAACACACUCAGGCUCAGGCGCACCACCAACAGGCUCUAGGACCCGGUGUCUCUGCCCUAAGCAGGCAGCAGAGCUGAGGGAAGGCAAGAGGAGAGAGAGAGAGACAGAAAGAGGUGUAGGAGGAGAGAAGAGAUCUGUAUUUGGAAAGUCAAAGGAAAGCUGAGAGUGGCAGAAGAAAGUUGACACCCUGCAAGAUGCUCUGCAGCCUCAACAAGGAUUAUUAAAAGACCUUCCCCUUUCUUAGAGGAGGAGAGAGCGCGCGCACAGGAGGAUGCGAGAGGGGCUGGUGUGCAGGGGGAAGGGGAGUCUUUGACAGAGCAUACAUUACUGCUGCUGCUGCUGCCCACACAGGUGUAUUCAAUGCAUCUGCAUGCGCUCACAGCCGAAUCAGCACAAUCCGACGGAUAGAUAGAGACAAGUUUGACUGUCUGACUCUUACCCUGACCCCCCUCCACGGAAAACACGUGUGGGAUACACACUCUGCUCAUAUCAAGACAUACAAGGAUACUCACCAACACACACCUUCUGAUGAUCGGGAGCUGUCCGUGGAUCAGUGUGUGACAGAAUCCAGUCCUGUGGAUGGUUGAGGCUGGGACGGGUCCAGGAUCUAAAAACGUAAAGAUCUCCUUGUCCUCGUCAGAGAGGUGGAUAGAGAGCUGCCCGGCUCCUCGUCUGUCCUGAAUGAAACCCUUUUUAGGCUGGAUGGAGUACAUUAAAAAUACAUGUCCCGAGGGAGCACUGCCGUGGCAAGCAGCGAACCAAGAGCCAUAAAUCAACACAGGAGGACUUUGAUUUCUUCAUUAUCGCUUCCUGCUGAAACAACAGAGUAACAGGCGUGUUGGCAGGCCUGCUGACCUGCGGAUGUUCAACAUAGGAAUCUAUUUCUGGAGCCUCAUUGCUUUUACAGAUUAACCGCCCUCAAUUAUGGCCCCAAUCCGUUCAUUGCGCCACUAGUUCGACUGACGCCGGAGGUUACGCAUAUUCAAGCCUCAAAACACCCCAGACUUCAUCAGCCGGGUCAUCUGAAGGCUGCUGUGUUUGGUCUGAGUGUUUUUGUUUUUCUCUUUACAAUAAGUUCUCAAAUCACGAGUCAGCAUUCACAUCUCUUCAGAGAAGCUCAGAGAGAAGAUUGAAGACGUCACUUCUUUCCUCUGAUACCACCACUCUGUCCUUAGAUUAAUCAAUUUUUCUUGCAAGAGACAUUUUGCAAGAUUUCCUGAGGGCAAAUUGCACUGAAAACCCAUUGCCAAGUUUUUUUUUAAUUAGCCCAUCUCGUGCUAAUCAAAGUCCUCCAUCACCAGAAUAGACGUUUCCAUAUAGUAUGAGAGAGAAAGUGGCCGACAUUAGCAUAUUCAUGAACACUGAUGCUCUCAAUCAAACAAAAUGGAAGACAUGGGGCAAAUCCUGAGCCAUCGCGCCCUGGAACAAAUAGCUUAUGACAUGUGAGGAAAGAGGAUCCUGAAUCUCCAACUUCAGAGCAUCCCACAGCACACAGGAGCAGGCUUACUCUGCCACAUUAAGGAUAGUUCUCAUAAACUCAUAAACCUAGCAUGUGUUGUUGACCUCUGAACUAAAAGCUAAGAUAAAAAAUUAAGAAUAGGAUUAAAGAUGGAUUAUCACUGAAACACUAAAGCCUGCAAAGCAGCCGAGACUCUUCUGGGAGGCGCACUGCAGACCAAUUUGUAGAUUACUUUGGGUUGUUGAUGUGGUGGCCUCUAGUGUGCUGGGUGUUAAAACGUAGGGAUGGAGAAACUAGAUGAGCUGGAGCACCCUCUUCUGGGAGAAACCCCAAACGACAGCCGGGCAUCCGGGCCAGGGCUUGGUCCUGGAGCUGGACAGGCUCCUGGUGGGCUCUUCAAAGGCUUCUUGGUUAAAUGUGAGGAGGACAGAGCCUACCCUCCUUUAGCAUGGAGGGGCUACUGCGGACAUCCUCCUGAGCUUCAGCAGCAGCAGCUACUGGACCCCUGCUCCUUACCUCGCACGUUGGAGUCCUAUUAUCCAUCAGCCCCGAUCUGGGGCCACACAGACUCCCUGCUGAGUAAAGACUACCUGGAGACUACCUUUGUGGACAUCCGGCCCGGCUCCACGCUGGAGAGGAAGCUGCUGGCUGAGACGCAGGACUACAACAGUCUGACGUACAGCAUGGAUGAUGAGGAUGAUCUGCUCCCUGACUCUGACGACUCGUCCAUUGAUGACUUCAGUGAUACAGACAGUGAGAGCAACUUCCCACUGAUGAUCCCUCAGGACUACCUGGGUCUGGCCUUUUUCUCCAUGCUCUGCUGCUUCUGGCCCCUGGGCAUCGCUGCCUUCUACCUGUCACAGAAGACCAACAAGGCAUCCGCUCAGGGGGAUUUCCAGGGGGCCAACGCCGCUUCUCGCCAGGCUCUGUGGCUCUCCGUGCUCUCCAUCGUGUUUGGAAUCAUAACGUACAUCUGUGCUAUCGCUGCGUUGAUUUCCUACCUGUCUGGGAAACCACCUUAAGAGCAACUCUUCCACACAAAAACAGACCUCUCACACAUAUCAUGAAUAUAAAAGUCACACUAACAUAUCACCUGCUCACGUAAAAAAAGAUUCACAGUCUGUCUUUCAUUCUUAUCUGCAGUCAUGUUUUAUCUACACCCAGCUGGAAAUGAACAAAACACAACAGGAGAGCUGCUGUAGGGAUUAUAAUCACUUCUAAUUGGAUUAGGAAAUAACUCAGCUCAGAGGACAUUCCCUCACACAUUUAGGAGAAUUAUUAAAAAUAAGUUACUCAGUAUCACUCCAUAUAAGAUAUUCAGUGUGUACAUGUGGUUCGUUUUGUCACCCAAUGACUCAAGUAACCUAUCAUCCUUUAAAUCUGUGCUGUAGUUCUCAUCAUGUGUUAGCGGUGUGAAAACAACUAGGACUACAAAUGCAGAUGUUAUCACAACACUGUAUAUAUUACUGUCAAAAUAAAAAACAGAUGAAUAAUGAGAAGCUGAGGAGGAAGGGAGAGGCGAUAUGUGGCCUUGUCUUGCCCGGAGGAAGCAAAGUGGAUGGCAGAGUGCGACGAUGGAGUCUGCAGAUUUAUGAGAAGGUCACAGCAAGGACGUAACAGUGGCUAAAUCCUGAUGGACCUCGCUGUGGGGGAGCCUGAGCCAGCACUGUCGCUCAUGGGGUGAAAGCUGGUGAUGGUUUAAGAGCCCCAGAGAUUUAUUUUAAAAUAUCAGGGGCCAGAAGGAAGAGUCUCUCAGAGAAGACAGAAUAUCUGUGACCUCUUCGGCUGGAGCGGAAAGGAAACAGCGCACAUGUUCAUCGAUCAACAUCCUGAUUUUAUCGCUCAUUGUUUACCUGCAGAAAGGACUGAUUGUGCUUUCUUUAUAAGUUUGUAUCUUUAUGUGGAAAAAAAAGUUUUAAAAAAGUAUACAUUUAGUGCCAUUCUUUAAGAAAAUAAGUGUAGAGGUGGAGAUCAGGGGCUUUUAAAUAAACUGCAGUGUCAAAAUGGAAAACAGUGGCUCUAGAUAUAGAGAUGAAGGAGCUGCUUCUAUAUCAGUGCAAGGAAAUGAUGACAUCCAGAGAGGGGGUGCAGACCUGUGAGGAAAAGUGCCAAAAAUAUAAAAGAAACUCUAAGGAUGAUCCUUUCAUGUGCUGUUCCAUUUAUAGAAGCAUCCAGGCUGCUACUUCACGCUCUCCAAAUAUAGAUCCUGCUAUUUUUUCCUCAAAAAAAAACUGAAAUCCUGCAGGAGCCUGCUACUCUGCAUUAUGACAAACUUGAAAAUGAAGUUGUGUACAUAAACUUAUGUACACACAAUAUCACUUUUUUCCAAAGGAGUGUGGUGGAGUUAAUAUGAUGCAAAAAAACAACAACUAAGAAAUCUAAUACUCAGUGAUGCAUGAGUCAGUGAAAUAUUCAUUUCAGUCACAACAGAUACGUGCAUGGCAGGUCUGUAGUUUGUCAUGCACAAACCUGCUUACAGCUUGGCUUCAGUCACUCCUUGUACUUGAACCUCAAGUAUUGCAAAAAUGGCUUUGUGGGAGAAGACCUCUGGCCAUAUUGGUUUGAGAAUAAGUGUGCCAUUAAAAACUGUGAAUGAGAGAAACCUUCAGUGAAUAUUAAAAAAAGACUAAGGUAAAAGUUGGCGUUUUCUAUUUAGAUGUAUAGUUUUUAUAGAGUCCACAACUGAACUUCAACUUAAUCUCAAAUCCUUUGUUUUCUGCCAACUCAGUGUUGUAUGAAGACUAAGCUGAUAAUAGACUACAGUCACUGUAAGUGGUAUUUGUAGACACACCUUUGUUAUCUCAGUGUCUGACCCUCUUCAGCCGUCACUGUUGAUGUUCUGUGAUGCAGCCGCACCGACUUGAGUCCUCACGCUGCGUCAUUCAGUUCUGACAAUCCUGAACAUCCUGUCUCCACCAGACCUCAAUGAGAAAAUGAUCCUUUGUUGUUACAGCAGAGUUACCACCAUUACUGAUUUAUAAGAGAGCAUUUGAGGUGGAGUAUCUUAACUGAUCAUGUCAUGAGACGGGCUCUGGUCAGUUUGUCUCUCUUUGUAUCACUUGUAGGGAACAACCGGACGAGGUGAAGUGGAUCAAAGUCAAAGGCUGUGGCACAAUAACAAGAGAUACUCAGUUUUAUUCCCGGUUCACAUCCUUGUAUUACUUGUAAAUAUUAAACUGAGAGAAAAUCCCAAUAAAUGCACUUGUUUGACA